AUGUCGAUUCUGUCGUCCUUUUUGCCAGUGCUCACUAUUCUGCUUGCUUUGGAGCAAGCUGUUAACAGCAUUCUUGAUGGCUGCCCCAUACAACUUGAAGGUUCAAUUGGUGAUGCCAAUACUACAAUCGAGCGGGUUGCCGAAAUAAACAAAGAACUAUAUCCACAAUUAAAGGAACUGCUCUGCAAGGACUACUUCAGAUUCGUAGCGGCCAAUCUAUAUAACAAGUGCGAAUUCUGGCCGGAGGAUGGCCAGUGCGUUCUGCGUGCUUGCCAAAUUGAGGACUGCUCAGCCAGUAGCGUCCCGCCGGGCCUGCGUAUUCCAUCUAAAGACUCAAAAGAGCCGACUUCUUUUCGGGUUAUGGGAGUAGAUCGUGCGGAUGCGGACUGCAAAGACGAGGAAGAGUCUCUCACUCUGGGACAACUGGAUCCCACCUUGAGCUCGGAGCGCAAAGAUGCCAUCGAUACCUGGGCUGAUUUCGACCGCACAGAUGACGCACCGUUUUGUGAACCCUUGGGUAAGUUGGUUAGUCCAUUUUUGCCUACUUUAAUACAUCUUUUUUUAUUCUACUAUUCUCUUGAAAUUUGCGCUUAG